GGAACGGAUUAUCUGUUAUCCUGUACUUUAUAAUCCCCUAAAAGGUUUUUGGAGAUAUUACUCAGUAGUGACUAACAUUGAUUUCAGUGUUGCAAAGUAUAUGUUAAAAGGUGCGCCGACCGACAGUGGCCUAUUCUGAGCACCCUGUAACAAAUGUAAACGAGUUGCAUGUAAAAAUCAUGUUCAGAAUUCAGCAUCGUACUGUACAAAUCGAGCUUUCACCCUUUAUAUGCGAAUAGAAAGCAUUUGGACUGAUAUUCGAGAGUUGUUGGAAAAUGGCCAGUUGUCUGUUGACCCACCAAAAGGACUGGAGCAUCGACAUACCUCGCGUCGAAGAGAAAGACGGUGUGACAUACUACGUGAUCAACGUGAGGGUCGGACCUGUGAGCUGGCAGGUCCAACACAGAUACAGGGAAUUUUCCGCUUUGCAUGCCACGUUGGUCAACGAUCAUGGCAUAUCCAAAGAUAUUCUUCCACCCAAGAAAAUGAUCAACAAGAAUCCGAAUUUUAUUGAGAAACGUAGAACCGACUUGGAAAAUUACCUUUCCAGUAUACUCAGCUUACUGCUCCUUACACUACCAAAACCUUUGUCUUAUUUCUUGGAUUUUGAUAAGUACGAUGUCAUUGUUAUACUACAGAAAUUUAUGUCGAAUAUUUCCAACGACUCUUGCUACAAACUGAAACCUACAGAUGAUUACCAUUUUCAACUCAUUCAGGUCCAUGCAAUCAGUGAGAGGUUAAAACUUCCAUGUCCACCAGUAAACAUGGUUGGGUUUCAGCAUGAUUUCAGUGUUAUACUUGAUUUUUGUAGCAAUCUGCACAAAGUGACAAUAAGUGAAGUUAACAGCUCUGUCGGCUCCAGCAAUAUAAAUAAAUCUAUGCUAUAUUUUGAACUUUCAUCUUUUAAAUCAUUGAGAAAACUUGUUUUGAACAAAAUAGAUCCUGUUAAUUUAAUAAAAGCUGAAGAUCUCAGGCAAAAGUUAGAAUAUAUAACUGUGAUUUGGUGUGAACUGAAGCAAAUAUGUGAUAUUUUACUGUGCGAUACGCUUCACAGAAGCACAAUUACUGAAGCGAACAGUUGGAACAAGCUUGUCGAAGCCGAUUUCAGCCAUAACAAAAUAGAAAUAGUUGAUGACUCGUUAAAACUAUUGCCGAAUAUAGAAUCUUUAAGCUUAAGCUCAAAUUUAAUCUACCAAAUGCCAAAAAUUGAGGGAUUGGACAACCUACAGCGUCUGUACCUUUCAAAAAACAGCAUAUCAUCAUUUGAAGGGCUUAACCUUAAGUUUUCCAAAUUAGUUUUUCUUGAUUUAUCUCAAAACUGUAUAAUUUCCUUAAAAGGGCUUGAGUGUUUGUGUGAACUUCAAGGAAUUAAUUUAGGUUCAAAUAAAAUAGAACAUAUUAAUGAACUCGAUCACAUGACAAAUCUACAAAAACUUGAGUAUAUAGUUCUGACGGGAAAUCCUUUGUCAACGGUUAUUGAUUAUAGGGUGAAAAUUUUGGAAAAAUUUGGGGAACGAGCUUCAAAAAUUUGUUUAGACAAUGAACAAACUACUCAGCAGGAGUUAGACACGGUUGCAGUACUGCAUGCAAUCAGAUUUGUAAAAGAAGGAAAAUCUCCCAAAACAUCAACUUUUGUGUCAUAUGCUCAUUAAAAUAGAUGAGGUUGGUUUCAUGUAUAAGUGACUAUUGUUAUUAAAACAUAAUUUUAUUUUUGUUUAUUGUGUUAUUCAGAUAAAAUAAUAAUAAUAUAUUUUGUGAUAUGCAUGAGUGUUCAUGCUUCCAAAACUAUGUACUACGAAUAAGUAUUGUGUAAAUUCAUUAAAAUAUGUAAUAAUUAGUAAUCAUUACUAAUUUACUAUUGCUGUGAUAAAUUCAGUUCUAUGUAAUAUAAUAUUUAUUAUAAAGAUGACAGUAAAUCAAUCCUCUAAUAAUCUAUUUAUAUAAA